AUGGAUUUGCCCGCCGCUCCUUUGUCGCCAGAGUGGGGUUGGCUGCCUCUUACCAGAACUAGUCGCUCCAUUGAUGUGCCACCCGCAGCACCGCGUACGGUCCAAACCGGCUCUGAUUCCGUCGCCCAUCCAUUGCCACCAAUGCCACAGGAUCUCUCCUUGUCUUAUCCCUGGGAUGAGUCUCCCUUCACGCAGGAGCAUUCAUACAUUCCUUGCUACGGACUCGACUCGGUUCCUGUAUCGCCUGGUGCUACUUACCCUCCUACCGGCUCCGGCAUUCCUCCCACGGCGUAUACGACCCCAGGCUUUCCCACAGGCAUUGCAGGAAGCUGGCCUAGCGGUCCCACCUCUUCAUCCUCCAAUGUAUCAUCUCCAGAGGCUGGGCCGUCCUCGUCCAACAUGGCGCCGCAGUGCAGUCGCACUGCGUCUACGCCUCAAAUUCUGAGCAACUCACUUGUGGCUGGACUCUCGGCUGUGGAGGGCCUUCCUUGGAGUCAUGACUUCAAGUUUACCCUCCCGUUUGACGUUCCAGAAUACCCAUCUGCACCUGCACCCGCGCCCUUGCAGACUCUCAUGCAGAACGCGCCACUGCCUGAUGCUGUCCAACCUAGGCCGGCAAAAAAACCGCGCCUGCUUCCUCCCGCCUUUGCAGAGUCCUCUUCGAAGGCAAGUUCCUCUUCGCAGGCAGGUCCCUUAUCUGCCCGUUCCAACAAGCCAAACCAAUUCGUUCUGCGACGUCGGAGCAAGUCAUUGGCGGCCAAGACUUGCGCACCGACAACAUCUCGUAAGCGGAAGCACAGAGAGGAGAACGACGAGAAUGCACCGCCGGUGUCAGAUGGUCAACAGGCAGACGAAGGGGAGCUAGUUCUAUGGGACGUGUUGCGGAAGAAGGAGGUCCAAUGCAACCGCGAGCGGCAUUGCCGCUUCAGGGCGCAGGGAUGCCCUUGGACGUUCGACAUCGUCAGAGACCUAAAACGGCAUGAAAAGGAUCGGCCCCACUCUGACGACCGGAAGGCGACGAAUUGUGCGCCGGUCAGGCUAUACCACUGCCCCUGGCCCGGAUGCAAUUAUGCGAGCCAGCGGGAUUAUUGCUUAAAGGCACACUGGAAGGCUUUUACGAGGGGCUGUGUGCGGCACUUGAUCGAGGACUCGCGUUGGCCGUACGAGUCGCUUGAAGAUCUCCAUCAGCAUCUGCGCGAGUAUCCUGCAGACUUUCUGCGUCCUGAAUUCUAGGACAAGUACUUGGCAUUGGAUGUGUGGCGGCAUGCUAUAUCAUCUGCAUUCUACCUUUCUGUCUGACUUCAACAUAGAAUUGCUGCACCAUCUACAUCUUCCCCUUCUCCAUUCCUCAUCAUGUAU